CACUGGGACUUUCCGCUAGUUUGGCUAGUCCAGUCUGCAGAUCGCUGCAGUGCGUGACAGUAAUACAAAUAAAAACAACCCUUACCCGACUAUGUAUAUACUGCGUUUAAUGAGUUAGAGUGUUUAUUGUUUGACUUCGUGAAGUUAGUCUAGGGCCAGGGUAAAAUAUGCUUAAGUGCACGGAUUUUAGUCACCGUAUUACAAGUUGUUUUGUCUAGCUAAUAUUAGCUAACUUACUUAGCCUCAUCUAUUAGCAUUCAGAAGAUAAAUCGAGCUGGCUAAAACAAAAGCGUACAAAAUCUAAAAAGAACUCAUCGAAAGGAUGUCGGACUCGGACAGUGACGAUGAUCAAGAUCGCCCUUUCUCUAUAACUGGCUUCCUCUUUGGAAACAUCAACGAAGAUGGGCAGCUAGAAGAUGACAGUGUUUUGGAUAACGAGUCCAAAAAGCAUCUAGCUGGUUUGGGUACUCUGGGUCUGGGCUCACUUAUUACAGAGAUCACUGCCAAUGAGGAUGAUGAUAAGGAAGAAAACAGAGACCCUGCCAACGUGGAUGCGGAAGGUUGGGUGAAGAGCACUGAGGAUGCAGUUGAUUAUUCUGACAUCAGUGAAGUUGCUGAGGAUGAGACAAAGAAGUACCGUCAGGCCAUGGGGUCUCUGCAGCCCAGCAGGAAAACAGAUGAUGAGGAUGACUAUGAUGCUGAUUGUGAGGAUAUUGACUCUAAGCUCAUGCCCCCUCCACCACCACCAACUCUUCCUACAUCUAAGAAAGAGGAACCCUCCACUCAGAGCACAAAUGCAGUUGGGGAAGAUGGGGAUGGCAUCAUCCUGCCUUCCAUCAUCGCACCAUCCUCUACAGCAGAUAAGAUUGACUUCAGCAGCUCCUCAGACUCUGAGUCAGAAACCGAUCGUCCUUGUCAGGGUUCAGGGGCCGGUGGUUCUGCAGACAUUCUCACACUCCCUCUGGCUGGCAUCAUGCAGAAAGAUGCUGCCAAAGCAUUGCCAGGUGUCACAGAGCUCUUCCCAGAGUUUAGGCCUGGAAAGGUGCUCCGGUUCUUGCGCCUGUUUGGUCCUGGAAAGAAUGUGCCAUCGGUUUGGAGGAGCGCCCGCAGGAAAAAGAAGCGAAAACAUAGAGACCAUCAGCCUGGGACACCUCCUCCAGAAGGAGAACCAUCAGAACAAAGCCAGGAGAAGAAAUCUGGAUGGGUUUAUGAGUAUGCUCUUCCUCCACCUCCAGAGCAGUGCCUUUCUGAUGAUGAGAUAACCAUGAUGGCUCCAGUAGAAUCAAAGUUUUCACAAACUUCUGGUGAUGGGGACAAGGAGACAGAGUCUCGGCCUAAAGUAGCAGAAUGGCGAUAUGGUCCAGCCCAGCUCUGGUACGACAUGCUAGGCGUCUCUGAGGAUGGAAGCAAUUUUAACUACGGGUUCAAGCUUAAGGAAUUACAAUCCAGUGAGCCUCAGAAGCAGGAUACACCUAAUGAAAUUACAGAGACUUCUCAAGAGGUCCAGAUGCAGGAGGACAAUGACAUUGUCGAUGGUGAUGAUGAUGAUGAAGAUAAAGACAGAAAAGCUUUGGAGAAUGAACUCUUCCUCAUGGUCACUCAGCUGCAAUGGGAGGAUGAUAUAAUUUGGAACGGGGAGGACGUGAAACACAAGGGUACCAAGACUCAGCGAGCCAGUCUUGCAGGAUGGCUACCCUCUAGCAUGACCCGUAAUGCCAAUGCUUACAACGCACAGCAGGGUCUGACAAGAAGUAAUUCUCAACUGGUCCCACCUACACCUCCACCCAUGCCCAAAGCUGCUUCGAUUUCUGGUUCAAAGCGGGACAAAAACAGCCACGAUAAUCAAGCCUCCCAGGACGAAGACUGUCUUUGGUUCUCCAUUUUUCCUAUUGAUAAUGAAGAGUUGGUAUAUGGACGCUGGGAAGACAACAUUAUCUGGGAUGACCAGGAGAUGGAUCACAUGCUUGAGCCGCCUGUUCUUACACUGGAUCCCAAUGAUGAGAACAUAAUUCUAGAAAUUCCUGAUGAAAAGGAGGAGACGACCUCCCACUCGCCAUCAAAAGAGAAUAAGAAGGAAACUGCAAUCAAGAAGAGCCGCAUCCUGCUGGGGAAAACGGGCGUGAUAAAAGAUGAGCCACAGCAGAACAUGUCCCAACCUGAGGUCAAAGACCCCUGGAAUCUGUCCAAUGAUGAGUUCUACUACCCCAAACAGCAAGGCCUGAGGGGAACCUUCGGUGGCAACAUCAUUCAGCACUCCAUCCCAGCCCUGGAGCUGCGGCAGCCCUUCUUCCCCACUCACAUGGGACCCAUGAAGCUUCGCCAGUUCCAUCGUCCAGCUCUGAAGAAGUACUCAUUUGGAGCUGUGGCUCAGCCGGGUCCACACCCUGCUCAGCCUCUGCUCAAACACAUAAAGAAGAAGGCCAAGAUGCGAGAACAAGAGCGCCAGGCAUCAGGAGGAGGAGACAUGUUCUUCAUGCGGACCCCGCAGGACUUGACAGGCAAAGACGGAGAUCUGAUUCUGGCUGAAUACAGUGAAGAAUACCCUCCUCUCAUCAUGCAAGUUGGCAUGGCAACCAAAAUCAAGAACUACUACAAAAGAAAACCUGGAAAAGAUCCUGGAGCACCCGAUUGUAAAUAUGGAGAGACUGUGUACUGUCACACAUCCCCUUUCCUGGGUUCUCUGCAUCCCGGACAGCUUCUCCAGGCUUUUGAGAACAACCUCUUCCGUGCUCCAAUCUACCUUCACAAGAUGCCCGAGACUGAUUUCUUGGUUAUACGAACACGACACGGCUACUACAUUAGAGAGAUUGUGGACAUUUUUGUAGUUGGUCAGGAGUGCCCAUUGUUUGAAGUUCCAGGGCCAAACUCCAAACGAGCCAAUACUCACAUCAGAGACUUCCUGCAGGUGUUCAUUUAUCGCUUGUUCUGGAAGAGUAAGGACCGGCCGCGGAGAAUCCGCAUGGAGGAUAUAAAAAAAGCUUUCCCCUCACACUCAGAAAGCAGCAUCAGGAAGCGACUUAAACUGUGUGCUGACUUCAAACGUACAGGAAUGGACUCAAACUGGUGGGUGCUGAAGCCUGAUUUCAGACUGCCAACAGAAGAAGAGAUCAGGGCCAUGGUUUCUCCGGAGCAGUGUUGCGCUUAUUACAGCAUGCUGGUAGCAGAGCAAAGGCUGAAGGAUGCCGGAUAUGGUGAGAAAUCCUUCUUUGCUCCAGAGGAAGAGAAUGAAGAGGACUUUCAAAUGAAGAUUGAUGAUGAGGUGCGGACAGCUCCUUGGAACACAACCAGAGCCUUCAUUUCUGCCAUGAAGGGAAAGUGCCUGUUAGAGGUUACAGGUGUGGCUGAUCCCACAGGCUGUGGAGAAGGUUUCUCCUAUGUGAAAGUGCCCAACAAGCCCACUCAACAGAAGGAUGACAAAGAGCCACAACCAGUGAAGAAGACAGUCACAGGGACGGAUGCUGAUCUGAGGAGGCUCUCACUGAAGAAUGCCAAGCAGCUGCUGCGCAAGUUUGGUGUGCCAGAGGAGGAGAUCAAGAAACUGUCACGUUGGGAAGUUAUUGACGUGGUCAGGACCAUGUCCACAGAGCAGGCACGCUCAGGCGAGGGACCCAUGAGUAAGUUUGCCAGAGGCUCUCGUUUUUCUGUUGCUGAACACCAGGAGCGUUACAAGGAAGAGUGCCAAAGGAUCUUUGACUUGCAGAACAAAGUGUUGGAGUCUACAGAGGUGCUCUCAACAGACACAGACAGCAGUUCAGCAGAGGAUAGUGACUUUGACGAGAUGGGUAGGAACAUUGAGAACAUGCUGCAGAACAAGAAGACCAGCACCCAACUUUCCCGUGAGAGGGAAGAGCAGGAGAGGAAGGAGCUGCAGAGGAUGCUGAUGGGUGAAGAGAGCGAUCGUGACAAGGGGCGCAAGGAGCGGCGUAAAGGUAUAUCCAGUUCCUUGUCCACCAGCUCCCACAAAGAUGAUGACACAUCCUCCGUCACCAGCCUGAACUCCUCGGCCACGGGACGCCGACUCAAGAUCUAUCGCACCUUCAGAGAUGAAGACGGCAAAGAGUAUGUCCGCUGUGAAACUGUGCGUAAAGCUGCAGUCAUCGACGCCUACACCAGGAUUAGAACCACCAAGGAUGAUGAAUUCAUACGAAAGUUUGCCCUCUUUGAUGAGCAGCACAGAGAAGAGAUGCGGAAGGAGCGCCGGCGUAUUCAGGAGCAGCUGAGGAGGCUGAAGAGAAACCAAGAGAAGGAUAAGAUCAAGGGGCCUCCAGAGAAGAAGACCAAGAAGGUCAAAGAGAGACCAGACCUCAAGGUAAAACUAAAGUGCGGUGCAUGUGGCGCCAUUGGACACAUGAGAACAAACAAGUUCUGCCCACUUUACUAUCAAACCAAUGCCCCACCCUCCAACCCAGUCGCCAUGACAGAGGAGCAGGAGGAGGAGCUGGAAAAGACAGUCAUCCACAAUGACAAUGAGGAACUGAUUAAGGUGGAGGGCACCAAGAUUGUGCUGGGCAAACAGCUCAUUGAAAGCGCUGAUGAAGUGCGCAGAAAAUCUUUGGUGCUCAAGUUCCCAAAACAACAGCUACCACCAAAGAAGAAGAGACGUGUAGGCAGUGCAGUCCAUUGUGACUAUCUCAAUAAACCACACAAGGCCAUCCACCGCAGGCGCACAGAUCCCAUGGUGACCUUGUCCUCUGUGCUAGAAAGCAUCAUCAACGACAUGCGGGAUCACCCCAAUACAUACCCGUUCCACACGCCAGUCAAUGCCAAAGUUGUGAAGGACUACUAUAAGAUCAUCACGCGGCCCAUGGACCUGCAGACACUAAGGGAGAAUGUGCGCAAGCGGAUGUACCCGUCGAGGGAGGAGUUCCGUGAAGCAGUGGAGCUUAUUGUCAAAAACAGUGCCACCUACAACGGGGCAAAACAUCCAAUAACACAAGUUGCACAGUCCAUGUUGGAUCUGUGUGAUGCUAAACUGAAAGAGAAGGAGGACAGGCUGGUGAGGCUGGAGAAAGCCAUCAACCCUCUGCUAGAUGAUGAUGAUCAGGUGGCCUUCUCCUUCAUCUUGGACAACAUUGUAACCCAGAAAAUGAUGGUGGUUCCUGAAUCGUGGCCAUUUCACCAUCCCGUCAACAAAAAGUUUGUGCCGGAUUAUUAUAAAGUUAUUGUGAACCCCAUGGAUCUGGAGAGUAUCCGCAAGAACAUCUCCAAACAUAAAUAUCAGAACCGAGAGACGUUCCUUUCAGAUGUCAGUCUCAUCCACACCAACAGCAUCAAGUAUAAUGGUUCAGACAGUCCUUACACCAAGACAGCUCUCGAGAUUGUUAAUGUGUGCAAGCAGACUUUGGCAGAGUAUGAUGAGCACUUGACUCAAUUGGAGAAAGACAUCUCUACUGCUAAAGAGGCAGCUCUAGAUGCAGCAGACCUAGAGAGUCUGGAGCCAAUGACACCUGGGCCAUACACACCUCAGCCUGCUGAUUUGUUUGACAGCGGGGCUUCGGGGAGUCUGCCCAGAGAGCCCAGCAGCCUUUUCUCUGAGGGACCUCUAGUGGGUGCUCCAGAGAAGAGAGGGGGGCAGGGACGGCACAGCAGAAGACCAGGGGAAGAAGAGUCUGAUGUGGAUAUCGAAGGCUUUGAUGAGGAUGACGAUGGCAAACCCAAGACUCCUGCUCCUGCAGAGGAUGCAGAAGGAGAUCAGGAGUACGAGGACGAUGACGAGGAGUUGUUGCUACCUCCUCGCAGGCGGGUGCAUGACCAGGAUGACGAGGAGGAAGAGGAGGAGGAAGAGGAGGGCGACGGAAGAUCUAAUCGCCCAGCUCAAGCCAGUGUGCUCUAUCAGGAUCUACUCAUGUCAGACGUAGAGGAUGAUGCCAGCGAAGAGGAGGGUGACAACCCGUUCUCCUCCAUACAACUAUCGGAGAGCGGCAGCGACUCGGAUAGAGAGGUUGAUGUGCGACCUGCACCUCCACGGAGAACUCAGGAGACGGCCCGCAUGGGCAUGGAGCAGGACGAAAGUAUGAUGUCAUACGAAGGGGAUGGGCCUGAUGGGCCACACAUGGAAGACAGCAAUGUCAGUUACGGCAGCUAUGAGGAGACGGAGAGUCAGAGUCAGAUGCAGCCAUCUAGUUUGGGAAAUGGAGAGGAAUACGGCAUCAGCGAGGAGGAGGAAGAAGACGAAGAAGACGAGGCACGGAGGAGAGGCCCGGCUGUGCUCUCUCAGGUCCAGCUCAGCGAAGAUGAAGAGAGCGAAGAGUUCAGAUCUAUUGGGGGCGACAGCGACAUGGACUCUGACAAUUAGCUUCUUUUGAUUUCUUCUUCUGCUUUUUUUGCUGCAGAAUCACGAAAACUGAAACUGUUUUAAAAAUGAGGAAAUGGACAAAUGAGGAAAUCUUAGGUAAAUAUGUACAGUGUUAUUUUGUAAAUGAAGGUGUUAUGCCGCUUGUAAAAAAAAAAAAACUGCACCUUGUAAAUUUCAGUUUGUCUUUUUAUAUAUGGAUGUUUCUUUGUUUUAUCCCGUUUUCCUUCAGUUAAAUGUUAUGGAAGCUUGUUUCCAUCACUCAAAAAAAACAAACCAUUUUUUGCCACCUGUCAGUCAAAAUUUAGAGAGUUGACUUAAUCAGAGUUUUGGGUUAAUAUGCGAUAAUAAUCCUGCAUUUUGAGGUCAACCAAAAAAUUUUACCAAGCAAAAAGUGUUUAGGGUUUCUUUCAGGUGGUGGGUACGAGCUUCCACAAUAUCCCAAAUUCACAAUAAAGGAAAAAAAAACUGAAGACAAA